AUGGGCGUUCCGGCGCCGGUGAACUCGCGGGUGGUCAACGGAUGGUGGGAGAAGCUGCGCGCGGUUGUGGCGAAGCUUGCGAAGGCGGUGGCGCGGUGUGGAGUAGGGAGCUCCACGGAGUGGGCAAGCGGCGGCAGAGCUUCGCUAGGAGCUUGGGGAGUUCGUGCGCGGGGAGGAGCGAGGCUGCGCGGCGAGGCCAACGGGCUCGGGCGACGUGGCUUGGCGGCGCUGGGGAGCAGCUGGCGCAUGGAGGAUUGGCGGCGGCGCCAUUGGUGGGCAGAGCAAGCUCAUGGGGGCAAGGAUUCUCUAGGCAUUGAGCGAGCAGGAUUGCAGGCGUGUGAAAUCCCUUUUGCCGGGCGAACGGAUUGGCGGAGGCGGCUCGCGUGUUGUCGCUGUCGAGCGGUGGAUUGGGGCGCGGAGCUUGGCCCAUGCGCGGCCAUGGCGUGGCAGAGGGAGGUGGCAGGGGAGUGGGCGCUGGUUGGGUGGAGAGGAUAG